AUGAGAUUCUUGAUUAUUUUACUUUAUACAACUCAUCAAACUAUAAUUUAUUAGUUUGAUGCAGCCUCUGACGGACCAGAAGGUAAUUACUUUAAAUUAUGUUUAAAUUUAGGAUGGGAAGAUUAUAAUGGUAAUGCUAAUUUUCAUACUUGUGAGCGAUUGAAUAUUUUGGAGACCCUAAUUAGAGUAGUUUGAUUAGCAGGAUCUUUUUAGAUUUAGAGCCUCGUUCUCAUGUUGUAGUAGAAGCUCAAUUUCUAAAGUAUAUAUUAUUCUUAAUUUCAAAAGUAUUGAUAACUUUACUGAGUCUUAAUUGGAAAUAGAUGAUGUAAGAUAAGAGUUGGUGACGACAACAUAAAGUUAGAUGUGUGGUAACGCAGAGCCUGAAUAUUUCACAAGUGUCUCUACAACUGUUAAUCAUAAAAGAAAAGCUAUGUGGACUUUUAUUUUUAACCAUAACAAAGGAGGAUUGAUAUCACUAAAAUUAACCCUUAUUAAAUGUUAGUAUGAAUGUGCUGGAUGCAUAUAGAAAUAUCAUGCAAUUUGUUUAAAAUGGAAACUACAUUAAUAUUCAUUUAUUUAGUACUUUAUUACAAAUUCAGAUGGAUGGACAUUUUAAUAAAAUUAUAUAACUUAUUUUCAAUGUGCAGAAUGUUAAGACUUAAAGUUUAUCGAAAUUAAUUAUAAAACUUAUCUACCUCCUCAUUAAGAGAUUUUAAUUAGGUUUUUUAAAGUUUAUGUGAAUCCUAUAGUGGUAGACUAUGUAUAUGGCUAAAUAACUGUUGCUUCUCGAUAUAAAAUAGAAAUAUUAUUAAAAUAUCAUACCGAUCCUAUAUUAGAGUUGAAUAUUAAAACCAUAAACGCUGGGGAUUAUGGUUUAAUAAGAGAUUUUGAAUUAUUUUACACUGAACCAGAAAUAAUAUAAAAUAAGUUCAAUGAAGGUUGUUUAGAAUCAAUAGAUGAUGAUUGUCUAAUUUGUUAAGAAGGUUGGAUUAUAGAUGAAUUUCUUGAGACUUGCAAUCCAAUUUGUGGCGAUGGGAUUCUUCAGGGCUAAGAAGAAUGUGAUAAUACUAGUCUAACAACUAAUGAUUCUUGUUAUUAAUGCAAAUAUUUAUGCAAAAGCUUUUGCAAGACUUGUUUAUUUGGAAUUUGCUCUGAAUGUGUUUUUGGAUUUGAUCUUGAUGCUGAUUUUAAUUGUGUUGCUUUUUGUGGAGAUGACUAUGUAGUUCCUUAUUCGGCUGAAUAAUGCGACCUGACGGAUAGUAAGGAAUAGUAUGAUUGUUAGGAUUGUAGAUUUGUUUUAAUAGUUAAUUGUGGACAUCAACUACUUUCAAUGUGUUUGGUGUGUGAAGUAGGAUAUUAAUUGUUAGAAAAUGCAUGUUUUCCUUAUUGCGGAGACAAGUUUGUUCUCUAAUAAUAUGAGGAAUGUGAUGAUGGAAAUUUACAACCUUAUGAUGGUUGCUUUGAAUGUAAGUUUUAAUGCGCUGAAGAUUGCAUCAAAUGCUAUCUCGGGUAAUGCAUUUUUAAAUGUGAAGAUGGAUAUAGAUUUGAAGAUAAUAGGUGCCUUUCUGUUUGUGGUGAUCAAAUUGUCACAAAAGAAGAAGAUUGCGAUGAUGGUAAUACAAUCUAAUUUGAUGGAUGUUUUGAUUGCUAAUAUUCUUAUUCAUGUCCAUAAAAUUGUCAUGAAUGCUAUCAAGGUAUUUGUUUAAAGUGCAAGGAUUAAUAUUAAUUAUUAAUUUCUAAUUAAUGCUAAUUUUAAAUAUAUUGUGGAGAUGGAUUACUUUAGUAGUAAGAGGAAUGCGAUGAUGGAAAUUUAGAGGUGCAAGAUGGAUGCAAAAACUGCUUGAUUGAAUAAAAUUGGAUAUGCACUACAAUAAUAAGAGAUUCUCCUAGCUAAUGCGCAUUUGUCUAUGCUCCAAAAUUAGUAAUUACUUAUCUCAACAUGACUUCAAAUUUAUAAUACUUAAGCGUCUAGUUUAAUUAAUAAAUAAAAAUUUACUCAAUCUAACCUUUAUCAGAAACAAUAAAUUUUACAUUAUAAAAUUUAGACAAGAAGGAUUGGAAUAGCAGCUUAUAUAUCAUUUAGGAUGUGGGAUCAUAUGUGAGUUUUGGAGAAUAUGUUUUUGAAAUAGAAAUUCAUUAAUUACUUGAAUUUCGGCCUAUCCUAAAAAUUGAGGUAAAUCAGACAGUUGCUAAUAUUGAUAAUUCUAUUUUGGAUGACUUUACAAAAUCGAUAACUUUAGAAUAUCCAUAAUAUCUUGAUGAAACUUAGAUGGAGUAGGCUUAUAAGUUAAAAAAUUUAAAUAUGUAUUUGAUUUAUGGUUUGUCUGGUAUUACAUGUGCAAAUCUACUAUUAGGAAGUGGAGAUUUUUUUAUCGAAAUUCUGGCGAUUCUUUAAUCCCAGUAAUAUUUGAGAUACAUUAAUCUGUAAUUUCCAUAAAAUUUAGAGAUUUAUUUUUCUGUUAAUGACUUGAUAACAAUUCAACCUCUAAUAGAUUUAAUAGAAGUUUCAAAAAUAUUUUCAUUAAUUGAACUUUAGGAAAAUUAAUAACCAUAUUCUGAAGGAAAAUUCGCUGUUUACUAAUAAAACCCAAGCUUGAUCGUCAAUCUUUCAUGCCAAAUGUUAUAAUGCUUUAUAUUUUUAUUCCUUAUUUUGUUGUAUAACUUGAUAAAAAAAGUGAUGUACAAAUGGAUAUUUUGUCCAAGAAGCUUUAAAUAUGCCUCAACUUUAUCCUUAUAUUUAUAUCCAAAAAUGAUUUUUAAGUGUAUUGAAUUCUUUUAUAACUUUUGCCUAAACUUACUUAAGUUGAAAAAAUUUAUAUCUUUUUAAGGAUUAUAAAAAGCCUUAAUUCUAAAUGGUUGGGAUAUAACGUUUAAAAUACUAUUGUACUCACGAGUCUUUUCAACUAAUAAUUAUUUAGAUAUUGUACAACUUACUAUAACAGGCGCACUUCUUAUUCUUUAUUUUACAAUUUUGCUGGAUAGUUUCAAAUGUAAAUAAAGUUAAUCAAAGUAGAAAAGGUUUGAAAUUUUAUGUUAUGGAAGAUAGUUUUUCUUUUUAUUCUUCCUAAUAUAUUUGCAAAAUUCCCAAACAUUAUAAUUAGGAUUACUCUUCAUGACAAAUUUAUUUUAGAUUAGUUUGUUAUUUAAUUAUAGGCAUAUUCAAAAGUAAAAGAAUUUUAUUGUUUAGAUGGUGGUUGAGAUAUCAGUAUUGACAUUUACAGCAAAUGAGAAUUUUUUCAUUUCUAUUAAUGCAAUCAAGCGAAUGCUUAGUUCAUUCUUAUACAUCUAAGAGUGUAUUGAAUAUUUUAAUGAAGAGAAAAAAAUAAUAUUGGGAUGGAUUCAUAUAACCAUUUUAUCUACAGGUAUUUUUGUAGAAUCAAUUUUGAUCAUCAAAGAUUUAUACUAAAAAUGGAAAAAGUUAUACAAAAGAAAAAAGCCUUCAUGUACUAGAAAUCCAUUGUUUAUAUGA